CGGCAACCCGGCGACGGCGCAAUCGAGCGAAACCCUAUCUUCACCGUGCCUCCUCUCGUCCCGGCCUACGAUCCCCAACCGGCCGUGCUUGCUUUCAUCUGGCAAAUAGACACUGAAACUAGAAUCCACGCCUGUUCUUCAGCAAUGGAGAUAGUGAACGAAAAGAAGGCAACUGAAGCUGCUUAUGGUGAAGAUAAUCGUCAAGCCAAGGAUGUAUCAAACAUGGAAGCAAUUGAUCCUUGGAAUCCUCCCUAUCCUCCUUGUGCACCUGGUCCUUGUAAAGAUUUUACAAGCCAUAUCAAAUUAAUCAAGGAGUGGAUGGAUCGAAAACAGGCUAUUCUUGCUGCCUACAGAGCAACUCAUACAAUCAUCCCAGACCGUACUCAUGAGAUGGCAAAUGAUGCCUUCUUCGAUAAAUUAUCCCGCCUGGCACCCAUCCUGGAAAAGGAUAGUGUCAAGCUUUUCCUCAACUUAUUCGAGAAUGACAGAGUGGGCUUGGCUUGGGGUUUCGUCAUAACCCCACAGACCUUCAAUCAGAUGAUUGUGCAAAAUGCCCUGCGAUGUGCCAAAGUUGCCUUGGAGGGCAAGGCUCCUGAGCUCGAUGGACAUCGUGCCAAUCCCAACUACAUGAACCAAUGUGGGUACUUUCCCCUCCACCAAGCUGCUGAGAUGUUCUCUACUGACAUGAUCAAGUUGCUGUUCCACUAUGGCGCAUUGGCCAAUUUACGCACAGUUGGCCCUGAAGUCGUCGAGGGGCUACUCCCACUACAUGUUGCAGUUCAGAACGCUUGCCUGCAUAAGUUUCUUGAGGACAAUCUGUUACCUGACAAAGAGAAUAGAGACUAUGUCUACAGGCUCAUUCAACUGCUGUGCUUACCUGAAAUGAAGAUCUUCUUGGAUACAACCAGAAUGAUUGCAGAAAGAACAGAUGAUCUACUUGCUGAGCUCUGGAAAUACAUAAAGGAUGGAAAGCUUGCUGAAACAGCAGUUUUGCUCCUGUCAGCUCAAAAACAGAUCCGCACAGGAUCUUCGUUCAAGACAAAUGGCAAUUGUGUAACAAAUGGAGAUGGGUUUUUUAUUAUAUCUAAGCUAUGUGCAGAUGAUAUUCUUGCCUUAGAUUCGGAAAUUUCUCAAAAAAAAGCUGUAAAUAAGCGGCUGAAGGCGGAGAAAAAGCUUAAACGUAUGUCAUGGGUCCUUGUUAAUGCAAUUAAUGAAGCUGGUGAAGCUCUUGAUUCUUAUAUCCGGGCGCACCCAGAGGUGACCAGUGCCAUGCAGGUGUCCCAUGUCCAUGUCCUUGAACGUGUCUCAUCGAUUCUCAAGAACCAUGGUGUAUUUCCUACUGGAGAAUGCAUCAACACUGGAAACCUCUGCCCCUAUGAGCAACAAUUGUCCAGAUCUUCCAAUGGAGAGCUACCUGUCAAAGAUGAUGUGCAUGGUACAGUCGAGAAGGCUGCCAGAAAGAAACGACCUAAAGGAUGGGAGCUCGAAUAUACAAGGAGAAGCUUCUUCCCAUAUUGGAAAUCAGUGUUAUCCCAGCUGCAGGAUAUGUCUCCCAUGAUAAAGUUGCAAACCAUUCAAGAGACCGAGGAAAAUUGGAAUAGAUCAUUGGCUGAAAGAUCCUCUCCAAUUUCAAAUAACAAUCUUGGAUUGUUGGGAAGAAUUCCACAGUUAACAAGUAAUCAGCAAUCCAGAAGGCUGUUCGGUACCACUGCAUCAAUAGUCUUGAAACUCUUAAAGCAUGCUUGAGUUGAGAGUAUCACAAACGAAGAAAGGGGUGAGGGAACAAGAAGCGAGUUGGGGCAAUGGUUGGAAAACCACCGUGCAACACCUCGCCAUCAAGGAGUUCAAAUUUCAGAUAUUGCCAAGCUAAUCUUUUUAGUUUGAACUUUCCUAGUUCUAAGUUGUCUGAAAAUUUUAAAAUCUUA